AUGGGCAGCCCCAUGGGCAUGGGCGUGGGCGUGGGCGGCGCGGGCCUGCACAUGCACUCGCUGGUGUCCAACUCGGCGGUGGGCCCGCCCGGCGUGCCCGGCCGCGGCGUGCGCGACUGGGAGUGGGGCGGCUGCUCCGACAACAUCGGCUACGGCUUCCGCUUCUCCAGGGAGUUCGUGGACACGGGCGAGCGCGGCCGGUCGCUGCGAGAGAAGAUGAACCUGCACAACAACGAGGCGGGCAGAGCGCACGUGGUGUCCGAGAUGCGGCAGGAGUGCAAGUGCCACGGCAUGUCCGGGUCGUGCACGGUGCGGACGUGCUGGAUGCGGCUGCCCAGCCUGCGCGUCGUCAGCGACAACCUCAAGGACCGCUUCGACGGCGCGUCGCGGGUGCUGGUCAGCAACUCGGGCUCCACCAACGCGGGGGUGAGCAACCGGGUGAGCAAGGCGCACCUCAGCAACGUGGCCAGCCGGCCGGUGAGCCGCGAGGACCGGGGCGCCAACGCGCGGCCCAACAUGCCGCCCAUCGCGCCCCACCGCGGCCAGGGCCACCAGGGCGGCGGCAACGGCGCGCGCCGGAACCGGUACAGCUUCAAGCUCAAGCCGUACAACCCGGAGCACAAGCCGCCCGGCCCCAAGGACCUCGUGUACCUGGAGCAGUCGCCCGACUUCUGCGACCGGCACCCGCGGCUCGGCAUCCAGGGCACGCACGGCCGCCAGUGCAACGACACGUCCAUCGGCGUGGACGGCUGCGACCUCAUGUGCUGCGGCCGCGGCUACCGCACCGAGGAGCUGCACGUCGUGGAGCGCUGCGCCUGCACCUUCCACUGGUGCUGCGAGGUCAAGUGCAAGCUGUGCAAGGUCAAGAAGAUCGUGCACACGUGCCUGUAGGGCGUCCCCUUGGACGCGAUAGGACCGCGAUACUGACCCGGAGGCUUUGAAGGAUGUGACGUCGUAUUGGUUAGAAUGUUGAUCCACGUUCAAACGAAUGUGAUAUCGUAUUCUAACCAGGGGCCGACAUGUCGUAUCGUCACAUAUCGAGAAAUAUCGAGGGUGUCGAGAGCGACAGUUAUCGCGACAUGGAUGCACAUCGAUCGCGACAUUUCCACAUAUUCUUUCGAUAUCGGGGUGAUAUCGAAUCGAGCUCGAUACAUCGAGAUAUCGCACAGCCCUACCCGCGGACCGAGCUGGAGGCAGCGGGACACCCCAGCGACCGCGCCACGACCCACCCACGCCCUGUACAGAGGGGUCCUGUAAAUAUUGCGUAUUUUCGUGGGAAGACUUAGGGAUUUUUUAAAUUUUUUUUUUUUACAAUGGCGUUUUGCUGGUGCUCGGGGCCCGGUCGCUGAAGUGGAACGCUGUGAGUGCUGGGUGUCUCUGUCGAACGCGCGGACUGGAUCCGUUGGCUGGACUUUCGAACGGCGGCUCAGCCUGGAAAGCAUGCAGGCUAAAGAGAGACGCCUGGCUACGCAACCAAAGCCAGUGUAUAGAUAUUAGGUUGUUUUGAGGCCUGCCCAGACAAGGGCUUUUGUAAUUAAUUGUCCUGAUCUUUCUAAUUUAAACGAAAAAUGAUGUUCCUAAAUCAAGGCUACAGUCUAAGGUUUAAGCAUGUGUUAAUAGGGUGAUAUGUGAUUCUGUAAGUAGUGAUCCGUGCUCCUAAGAGCAGCAAGAGGUACGAUCGCCGUACUCAAAUGAACUGAUAUUUAUUUCGCUCCAAUGUGCUAAUUUUAACGGCAGCGCCGUAGUUACCACACGAAUGCUUCGAUUCAAUUGAAAGCUCCGUCUAUCAAUUCACGUUUGACGUUGUGUUUAUAACUAGUCUGAAUAAUCGAAACCGGCCCAUCAACCUGACCGAGAAAGUCGACGUUCCGUGCAGCUAAAUUUCUUAACUCGGUGAACAGAAAUUCGUUCCUGUAACGACCCUUCGUAUUUUUUUAAAUGAACUGAGCAGUAUUAUUAUGAAGUUUAUCUUUGGCCAAGAUUAUUUCUUGUUCAUUUUUGUUUUACGCUGCUGUAUUAUAGUCUGAUUAAAUUUUUAAAUAGUGUAAUUAUGUAUUUAAGAUUAUAAUUUAUAUAAUUUAUGACACGUUUAACCAGAAAGUGUGCAAAAAUCCUAAUUUUUUAGUGGAUUCUUCACAAACAAUGCGUUCUGCUUCGCGCUAGUCAAAAGAGCAACAACUUUUAAUGUGUAUAUCAUCCCUACUUAAAUGUUGUACACUUCCUGGCUGCCAUUGUACAUACCGUUUUUUUUGUUAUUGUUUGCCAAGGUUUUCCUUUGCGAUAUGAUAUUAAUUUCAUUAUGUCCUUGCCAUAUUCUGAGUGAUUUAGAGAAUGCACAAGAGCAUGUAAAAUGUAUUUGUUGCUUAGGUAUUUUAAGUAAAUGAAAUAAUGUAAGUAUGAAGUACUGAUUCCAAUUUAUUAUUAAAUUAUUGAGAAUGUAGAAUGUGUGUGGUGGAUAUCAUUGUGAUUUUAGUAACAAUCUCUUGAAUGAAUGCUUAAUUGUUUGCUUGUUUGUUAAAAAACAUUGCUCUCCCAGUGACUUAUUUCAAAUUCACGCCUGGCUAUCAAAAGAGUCAAUUAGUGCAAUUAAUUAAAGGAAAACAAAAUGAUGCUUUCAACUCAGUUUCUUUUAGCAUGACCGAAUAUUUUAUGUGCCAUGAACAUUAGGUCGGUUCCUCCCCACCCUAGUACAAAAUAGAACUAUUGCUUUUGUGUUUAAGGUCACUGUCUUCCAUUAGAUUUUAUGAAUGUACUUAUUGCUACGUUGUUCCUAGUGUCCAGUAGAUUCUGUCAUGGUAAAUCAA